CUCACUUAAUUGCCUAUAAAUAACUUAACAUGCACGGUUGGGGAAUGCGGGAUAACCCUGAUUACCACCGGAAUUGCUCCAAAUUCUGGUGACGUCGAACUGUAAACCUUGCACCAAAUAUUUUCCUCUGGAUUGUUGAGGAAAUGUCAUCUUUGUGUGGCACCAACAAUGGCGACCAAGGUGCAGGUCCAGAAAAAGAGGACAAGGAGCAUCCUCGUGUACUUAUCCCCGAGCUCUGCCGGCUGUUCUACCAACUGGGAUGGGUUACUGGGACGGGCGGAGGAAUUAGUUUGAGACGAGGAGAGCACAUCUACAUUGCACCUUCAGGGGUUCAGAAAGAGAGAAUACAGCCAGAAGACAUGUUUGUGUGUGAUGUGGAGGAGAGAGACAUCAGUUGUCCGCCUGCCUGGAAGAAGUUAAAGAAGAGCCAAUGCACUCCACUCUUUAUGAACGCGUAUACAAUGAGAGGUGCACAGGCAGUUAUCCAUACACACUCCAAAGCUGCUGUCUUAGCAACCCUGCUCUAUCCUGGUAAGGAGUUCAGAAUAACACACCAGGAGAUGAUUAAGGGGAUUCGUAAAGGCACCACCGGCACCAACUAUCGCUAUGACGACACCCUAGUCGUGCCUAUUGUCGAGAAUACACCAGAAGAGAAAGACUUAAAAUCCCGCAUGGCUCAGGCAAUGGAGGAGUAUCCCGACUCGUGCGCUGUCCUUGUCCGCAGGCACGGCGUGUAUGUGUGGGGCGAGUCAUGGGAAAAAGCCAAGACUAUGUGCGAAUGCUAUGACUACUUGUUUGACAUUGCUGUUCAGAUGAAGCAUUGUGGACUGGACCCUUCAGCUAUUCCAGUAGAAGAGAAAGGAAUAGUUUGACAUUUACUGGCACCUUAUAAAGAGACGUUUGUUCAAGCAAGGUCAGGAAAGUUCAAUCAGGGAGCAGAUUUUAAUCAUUUUGCUUUCAUGCCAGCCCUCCGCAAUUCUGACAGUGAUUGCAGAUUCAGAGUUGAAGGCCUCUCGUACAAAAAGACCUCGAGAGUGUGGCUCCGAGCUCUGCGGGAGGAAUCUUUAUCAUUAAAAUACUAUUUGGUUAAUGUGCAAUUGUGAUUUUUGUGCCUUUACUUAGACUGACAAAAAAAAUAGUACAUGUAUUCCAAAAGGAAAAGUAAUUUGAAAUGAAAACAAAAAUAAACCUCUGCCUAAUUGUGUUUGAAAUCAGUUUAGUACUAAAGAAUGUAUGUCGACACCAAUUUGUUGAAAGACUGCUGAACGCCACUUGCAUAAUAAAGACCUGACACUAA